CGACCAAGUACGGAAGAACUUGGGCUGUGACACUCGCCGGCUCGUCUCUCGUCUUCAAUUGAAAAGAGACAGGGUAACUACAAACGUCCACAGGAUCACUAUCACUCCACCACUGUCAAGAUAGGUCGAAAACACCGGCGUCGCCACUCCAAACGGCAAGGCUUUCACUCCAAACGAGACAAGAUGGGUCAGGAAAACUCGCACGAGCAGAUCGAUCCCAGCACACCUCCUCGAACCCUCUCAGCACGGUCUCUCGAAGCAGUCGCGGAGUACAUCAAAGAUGGAAGGCCAAAGCGAAUCGUGGUGAUGACCGGAGCUGGAGUCUCGACCUCGGCCGGCAUUCCAGACUUUCGAUCACCUGACACGGGACUCUAUGCCAACCUUGCAAGGCUCGAUCUACCAUAUGCGGAGGCGGUAUUUGAUAUUUCGUACUUCAGACAAAAUCCGGAUCCGUUCUAUGUGCUGGCGAAGGAGCUGUACCCUGGCAAAUUCUACCCCACCAUCGCGCACUCGUUCGUCGCCUUGCUGAACGAGAAGUCUAUGCUUCAGAUGCUGUUUACUCAGAAUAUCGAUUGCUUGGAGCGAAAGGCUGGCGUGCCAGGUGACAAGAUUGUGGAGGCGCACGGAAGCUUUGCGACACAGAGAUGCAUCGACUGCAAGACCGAGUAUCCUGACAAUUUGAUGAUACAGGCUGUCGAGGGUGGCGAGGUCCCGCACUGCACCGUCCCGCAGUGCAACGGCCUCGUAAAGCCAGAUAUUGUAUUCUUCGGCGAGGCACUUCCAGAAGCUUUCUUUCAGAAUAGACAUGUUCCCGCGAUGGCAGAUUUGGUGAUCGUGAUGGGAACUAGCUUGAGCGUCCAGCCGUUUGCGAGCUUGCCACAGUUUGCAUCAGAAGCAAUUCCGCGGGUACUGAUUAACAAAGAGAUAGUUGGUGAUUUUGGGAGUCGACCGGACGAUGUGGUGGUCCUCGGAGACUGUGAUGAAGGCGUUAAAAAGCUGGCAGAUGCGUUAGGAUGGAGAGAUGAACUCGAAUCGAUGUGGCUGGAGGUUGGUGGGAAAGUCAAGGAGAAAGAGGCUGCGAGAUUACGAGAGCAGAGACAGGCUAUGUCACAGGACGAGAUACUGGAGGCUGAGAUUGAGAAGUUGACUGGAGAGGUUGAUGCUGCGUUGAGGAUGUCGAAGGAUCAUGAAGAGAGGGUCAUCACUCAGUUGGAAAAGUCAUCAAGUAGCGACAUCUCAACUUCAGCUGCUCCGGCGAGUUUGGAUGAUAUACCAAGCGGGACAAUUAUGACAAAGGAGGAAUCAAAGGAUCAUUUGUCUUCAGGACAAUCAACAGCAUCUUCCGAGGUCCCCACGAAGAGUGAAGGCGGGUGGAGAGAGCCUCCUUCAACCCCAGCAGUUGGCGAGAAUACACCUCCAGCAGCCGAGAAAGUCAACAAAGAGCUACCGUCCGCAUCCCCUCAAGUCGACAGCAAAGCAAUUAUUGAUGUUACCUUACCACACCAAAGACCAAAUACAUUGGUUCCCGAAUCAGAAAGUGACCAAAACAAGAAACCCUCUCGGAUAUGAAGCACCGCAGCACCUGGUUAGAAGAACGAAAUAGGUUGGCGAAGGCACGAAUUAUCACAAUUUGAACCCAACUUGAUUUGCGCUGCUUGAUUGGAAUCAGCCACCAUGCCAGUGGAAAUUCCCGCCCCUCUCAGAAUUAUUAGAAACGGGAUGUUGCGGGCAGGUGUAGGUCGAAAACGCCGGGCUUACCCCAUGGGGUGUCAGCAAAUGUACAGUUCCAAGCUGGACCAUGACUAGCUUAGAUAGUCUUUAUAGACUUAAUUGUCAGCC